AUGACAUUGUGCUCCAAGGAGCACACCCCAGAAGGGGUGAGGGAGGAAGGAGAAGCUGGUGACCCUCCAUCUGAUUCCAUCAAUCACUUGCUGUCCCCUGCACCACCAAGCUUAGAAAACAUUUCCUCCCUGGAUAUCACCAAUGAAGAGGAUCUCCCCACUGACCCCAGCAACUCUUCAGAUACACAGGAAGAAAGUGAGGUCGAGUCCUUCUGCUCCGAUUUAAGUGGCCGGCUGCAUAUCAACACAGUGAUCCGCAUGGGCGUGGACAAGCUGCAUGACUUGCUCUUCUCUGCAGACACACAUUUCAUUCAGCACCUUUUCUCCCAGCGCCAGUUUACAGACCUCAGAGUGCAGCAAUGGCAGCAGGAUAGCAGCAGUGGGAAUGCAAGCCGUGUGCUGAAUUAUACUAUUGCCAUUAAUAACCCCCUUGGGCCAAAGACUGCCCGGGUUAUGGAGACGCAGACCCAGUACAAGAGCAGCAUCCAGGGAGAAUGCUAUGUGGUGGACUCAGAAGUCAUAACCUCAGGUAUCCCAUACCAGGAUUAUUUCUUCACUGUACACAGAUACUGCCUAACGUCCAUCAACCGGCACAAGAGUCGCCUCAGGGUGUCCUCAGAUAUCUGCUACAGGAAGCAGCCCUGGAGCUUGGUUAAAGCCCUGAUAGAGAAAAACACCUGGAGUGGCAUUGAAGAGUACUACAGGCACAUGGAGAUGGAGGUAAGCAAGCUAGAGACGCUGCUCCAAUCCAAAGUGUCUGUGAUAGCAUCGGGGGAGGCCAGUGUCACCGAGGCAGCCAAGGGCCCCCAAGGCCUGCGUAGACGCAAGCGCAACUGCUCCCGGCGGACAGGGGAGAGAGAAGCAGCAGACGGCAGUCUUGGGGAGCGGGGGGAGAGGAGCUCUGCAGAAGAGAAGGAUAAGAGGGAGAAAGCAGCACAUUUUUUGAAGCUGAGAGAACAUUCAAGAGGAGGAAGUGCCAAUACUAUUACACUGCUCAUCGUCAGCUUCAUGGUCUGUAUCAGUCUGCUGGUGCUCGUGGUUUUGAACAUGCUGCUGUUCUACAAGCUGUGGUCUCUGGAGCAUGCGGCAUACACUCUGGAAACCUGGCACUCCUACUCCCACACAGACAGUCCCCUGCCCCAAACUGUAGAGGAGUGGACACAGGUUAUUCAGAUGCACAGGCAGUUUCACCAGGCCCAACUGAAUAAGUGGCAGCAAAUUCUGAAAUCGUCCGUCGCCAUGCUGGACCAGAUGAAACACUCUCUGGAGAAGCUGCAGAGAGGAAUUGUCACUCCUGAAGUAGGACAGGCCUCCCCCUCAGAGCCGCCCACAGACUAAUCCUCUCAGCAGCAAGCCUGUCUGCUGCAAACUGCACGUCGAGGACUCCCCAUUUUGCUGCGUGUGAGUAGUUAUUCUCCAUGGGAAGAGUUCUGGAAAACCCAGACUUACAAAAAAGGCAGUGCAAUAGUAACAGGAGUGCAGGAUGUUCAGGCAAGCCAACAAUGACCCCCAUGUUUACCCACAGCACCUCUGGCCUAGGGCCUAAAUUCCUGGUUCAUUGUGCUCCAGCAUAAAACAUGAUUUAGCACCAUCUGGUUGGCUAUGCUUAAAAGCGACACAUGGUAGGUUUUCACACCAAUUUGUGAGCAUCUUAAAGAAGGUGCUGUUUCUCAAGAAAGGAAAUGAGAUGUGUAUAGGACACCAACACAACAUAUGCGCACCUGGCAGCCUGCUUCUCCUGCCACUUUAUUGCAGUCAAACCUGUGUCUUGCCCUGCUAAUAUUCAAUUGUCAAUCUAUGCCCAAGUGAACUUUUCUACGUUAAAGAUGAAACCGCUCCUCGUUUUCUGUGCAUCCAAUCUUAAAUUAUCAUUUCAUGGGUUCUGAAAGGGGGAAUAUGGUGAACUGAUGCACGUUAGUCACAGUAUUUAUUACUGACUAAAAAGUAAUUUUGUCUCCUCUAAUCAUGGACCAAGAAAGGGUGAAAUAAUUUGAACUUGAUGUCUAUUGUAACAACAAUGAUAAUGGUUUGAAAUGAAAAAGAAAAUAGUUGUGCUGCAAGAGAGAAGCAAGUGUAUUUGAACAACACUAGUUAUUUUUAUUAUGGUUUCUUAUUUUAAACCUUAUCUGUUAAUUUUCAUUGCAUCUUCAUGUAUCUUAACUAUAUGUAUAAAUAUUUUGUUGAUAGGAUAUGUAAGAUCUUUGAUUUGCAUGCCUUUUUUCCCCUGUUAGUUCUGGGAAACAAAUCCCUUAGUCUAACAAUGUGUUUAUGUAACUGGAUUAUGGAACUGAUUAGGACUUUUAGGGGUCUUAGCCCAAAGGAAGAACCAGAAAUUUUGCAGUAUUAUGUCCAUCUCCUGCCCCACCCUGGGUUGUGCCUGUAGCCUCUGGGAUAAGCUCCGGACUCUCCAUGACCCUGAAUAGGACGAGCAGUUUCAGAAAAUGGAUGGAUGAAUAUCUGUCUCCCAUCAGCUCUCUCUCCUCUUCCCUCCAUGGCACUAUCUCUUGCCUUCUGGUGCAUCUGUUGCAAAAGUGUCAGGGCCUUGCUGUGCAUGGCUCUCAGGAAGUGAUGAAAUGAUGUAUUGUAGACAUCACUUGGAUGUAUUUACUGUAUAAUUGAAUUGCAUAUUUAAUUGUUUCAUGAGGAUUAAGUAUAAAUAACUUCUACUGUGCAGCUUUUUUGUCAUUUCUGGGGUGGUGUUUCAUUGUGGUGCAUUUGGGAUGAAGGGCCACACAGGAGUCUGAAGAGUGGAAACAAAUGUCCAACUGAAGUCAUCCUCACAUGAAUCUCCCUCCCUCUCUUUGACACUUUGGUGUCACAAUGCAUAGAUAUCUUAAUUACAUUAAAAAUAACAUCAUAUGCCCCUAACUUAACGAUGGUUUUACUUUACAAUGGUGUGAUACUGAUGUACAUUCAGUAGUCAUCAAACAAUGAAUUUUUUCCUGAUCCUGGGCUAGCAAUACACUGUAUGGUAUUUUCACAUUAUGAUGGAUUCAUUGGACCGCAACCCCAUCAAGUCGAGGAGUAGCUGCAUUGUUGAUACGAACAUAUUUCACAGUACAUUAAAUCCAUAAAAAAUAAAAAUUAAAGUUUCUGGUGUAAUUAUUACAAUUUAACUUGAGUCCCAGGUAAACGGAGGUUUUAUUGUUUUAAUAGCAUGUCUAUUUCUUAUACGUAUGAUCUCAAGGACAUGGCUAAGCUACAGCACUCAUCUAAAACCUUGAGCAUGCCUUAACACUGUAUUCAUACUGUGUACCAGUAUGAAUAAUGUACAUAAACAUAAAUGCUAACUGGAGUAGGAAAAUAUAACAACCUGCAUCACCUAAUCAUUCUGGGAUCUUUUUCCCCCAUCAAGAUGUCAUGUCAAAAAACCCUUUUAUUCUGAAAAUGAAAGCAUAUCGGUAGCUUACUACUGUUAUGCUCAUCCUUAUCCUUCAACAAAUAAAGUGUUACAAUGAAACAGUGAAUUUUGUGCAGAACAAUUGACAUUACCUUGAAAAUGCAACAAAAAUGUAAUUAAAAGCCCUUCAGUUUGUGGCAGAAUGCACGCAAGGGACAUGUACAUGUGACAUGCCCAUAUUUUGGUGUUUCUCCCCCCAAAGUGUAUAUCUAAUCUAAACAUGCAUAAACCCCAGACUUAAGUGCAUGGGAGAAUUGACUUUAAAUGUUCUUACUCUUAUACUUGAUCUACCAAUAGUCGAAUGAUUAAUUUGUACCAGUUUGCAAUUGUUUGAAAACCCAUUGCACUGAAACUGGUGGCAUUAUAAGAGUAAUAUUAACAGUAGUGUUUUUCUCAGGUGCCAGUAACUUCAAAAAGCAGAAGUUAAGAAAUGUCUUCUAAAACCAAAUACUUUUUCUGUUACUAUAUACUAAUCAAAACAUAUAUAAUGUAGUUUGUCAGGUUUUAUGUCAGGUUUUUUGUUAUGGCUAUCAAAUAAAAUCACAAUCAUUCAUGUACCAUACUUGUAUUUCUUUAUUUAUAAAGACUUAAGAGCACACAAAAUUUUAUGGUAUUGCAUUCACGUGUUAAAUUUCUACUGUCAGUAUUAGAUUUUUACUAUGUGAAAAUAUGGCAAAAUUAUUAAAUAAGGAAUGCUUUAUCAUGGUUAAGCUGAACACUAAUAUACUGUCUGUAUAAAAUCAUUUGUCAAACCUGA